AUGUUUCAGUUCAUUCCAGACCUGUGCUUGGUCCACAUCACACUCUGUAAUUCCACUGCAAAGCUUGUGGAUUUCCCUGUGCGCUUUCCAGUACUCGAUGUCGCAGUGGGCAUUGGGCUAGCUGCAGUAGUGUCCAUCUCUGAUUUAAGGACACUUGUAGCACGGCUGCAGUCCCGCGUGGACAGUGUGCGGGUGGAGAAGCUUCCAAUAAAAACAGGACAGCAGAACACACAUACCAAAGUCAGUACCGAACACAACAAGGAAUGUCUUAUCAAUAUUUCCAAAUACAAGUUUUCUUUGGUUAUAAGCGGCCUCACCACUAUCCUAAAGAAUGUUAACAAUAUGAGAAUAUUUGGAGAAGCUGCUGAAAAGAAUUUAUAUCUCUCUCAGUUGAUUAUAUUGGAUACACUGGAAAAAUGUCUUGCUGGGCAACCAAAGGACACAAUGAGAUUAGAUGAAACCAUGCUGGUCAAACAGUUGCUACCAGAAAUCUGCCAUUUUCUUCACACCUGUCGGGAAGGAAACCAACACGCAGCUGAGCUUCGGAAUUCGGCCUCUGGGGUGUUGUUUUCUCUCAGCUGCAACAACUUCAAUGCCGUGUUUAGUCGCAUUUCUACCAGGUUACAAGAACUGACUGUUUGUUCAGAGGAUAACGUUGAUGUUCAUGAUAUAGAAUUAUUGCAGUAUAUCAAUGUGGAUUGUGCAAAAUUAAAACGACUCCUAAAGGAAACAGCAUUUAAAUUUAAAGCCCUAAAGAAGGUCGCACAGUUGGCAGUUAUAAACAGUUUGGAAAAGGCCUUUUGGAACUGGGUAGAAAAUUAUCCAGAUGAGUUUACAAAGCUGUACCAGAUGCCACAGACUGAUAUGGCUGAGUGUGCAGAAAAGCUGUUUGACUUAGUGGAUGGCUUUGCCGAAAGCACCAAACGUAAAGCAGCAGUUUGGCCACUCCAAAUCAUUCUUCUUAUCUUGUGUCCAGAAAUAAUCCAGGACAUAUCCAAGGAUGUGGUUGAUGAAAACAAUAUGAAUAAGAAGUUGUUUCUGGACAGCCUACGAAAAGCGCUUGCUGGCCACGGAGGAAGCAGGCAGCUGACAGAGAGUGCUGCGAUUGCUUGUGUCAAACUGUGUAAAGCAAGUACUUAUAUCAAUUGGGAAGAUAACUCUGUAAUUUUCUUGCUAGUUCAGUCCAUGGUGGUUGAUCUUAAGAACUUACUUUUUAAUCCGAGUAAACCAUUCUCAAGAGGCAGCCAGACAGCAGAUGUCGAUCUAAUGAUAGACUGCCUUGUCUCUUGCUUUCGAAUAAGCCCGCACAACAACCAACACUUUAAGAUCUGUCUCGCUCAGAAUUCUCCUUCUACAUUUCACUAUGUGCUGGUAAAUUCACUCCAUCGAAUUAUCACCAAUAGCACUUUCAAGCAUGGACUUGGCACUGCUUCUGCAUUGGAUUGGUGGCCGAAGAUUGAUGCUGUUUAUUGUCACUCAGUUGAACUUCGAAAUAUGUUUGGUGAAACACUUCAUAAAGCUGUGCAGGGUUGCGGAGCACACCCAGCUAUACGAAUGGCGCCGAGUCUUACAUUUAAAGAAAAAGUAACAAGCCUUAAAUUUAAAGAAAAACCUACAGACUUGGAGACCAGGAGUUAUAAGUAUCUUCUGUUGUCUAUGGUGAAAUUAAUUCAUGCAGACCCUAAGCUUCUGCUUUGUAAUCCAAGAAAACAGGGGCCUGAAACCCAAGGCAGUACUGCAGAAUUAAUCACAGGACUCAUCCAGCUGGUCCCACAGUCACACAUGCCAGAGAUCGCUCAGGAAGCCAUGGAGGCUCUGCUGGUUCUUCAUCAACUAGAUAGUAUUGAUUUGUGGAAUCCUGAUGCUCCUGUGGAAACAUUUUGGGAAAUUAGCUCACAAAUGCUCUUUUACAUCUGCAAGAAAUUAACUAGCCACCAAAUGCUUAGCAGCACAGAAAUUCUCAAAUGGCUACGGGAAAUUUUGAUCUGCAGGAAUAAAUUUCUUCUUAAAAACAAGCAGGCAGAUAGAAGCUCCUGUCACUUUCUCUACCUUUAUGGGGUAGGAUGCGAUGUUUCUUCUAGUGGAAAUGCCAGCCAAAUGUCCAUGGAUCACGAGGAAUUACUGCGUGCCUGUACUCCUGGAGCUUCUCUCCGGAAGGGAAAAGGAAACUCAUCCAUGGAUAGUGCUGCAGGGUGCAGCGGAACCCCACCAAUAUGCCGGCAAGCCCAGACCAAACUUGAAGUGGCCCUGUACAUGUUUCUGUGGAGCCCUGACACGGAAGCGGUUUUGGUGGCCAUGUCCUGUUUCUGCCACCUCUGUGAGGAAGCAGAUAUCCGGUGUGGGGUAGAUGAAGUCUCAGUGCACAACUUUCUACCCAACUACAACACAUUCAUGGAGUUUGCCUCUGUCAGCAAUAUGAUGUCAACAGGAAGAGCUGCACUUCAGAAAAGAGUGAUGGCACUGCUGAGGCGCAUCGAGCACCCCACGGCAGGAAACACUGAGGCAUGGGAAGAUACACAUGCAAAAUGGGAACAGGCAACAAAACUAAUCCUCAACUACCCAAAAGCGAAAAUGGAAGAUGGCCAGGCUGCGGAAAGCCUUCACAAGACCAUUGUUAAGAGGCGAAUGUCUCAUGUGAGUGGCGGAGGAUCCAUAGAUCUGUCUGAUACAGACUCCCUACAGGAGUGGAUCAACAUGACUGGCUUCCUUUGUGCCCUUGGGGGAGUGUGCCUGCAGCAGAGAAGCAAUUCUGGCCUGGCAACGUACAGUCCACCCAUGGGUCCUGUCAGCGAACGUAAGGGCUCCAUGAUUUCCGUGAUGUCCUCAGAGGGAAACACAGACACACCUGUCAGCAAAUUUAUGGAUCGGCUGCUGUCCCUAAUGGUGUGUAACCAUGAGAAAGUGGGCCUGCAAAUACGGACCAAUGUUAAGGAUCUGGUGGGACUAGAAUUGAGUCCUGCUCUUUAUCCAAUGCUAUUUAACAAAUUGAAGAACACCAUCAGCAAGUUUUUUGACUCUCAAGGACAGGUUUUGUUAACUGACACCAAUACGCAGUUUGUAGAGCAAACCAUAGCUAUAAUGAAGAACUUACUGGAUAAUCAUACUGAAGGCAGCUCUGAACAUCUAGGGCAAGCUAGCAUUGAAACCAUGAUGUUAAAUUUGGUCAGAUAUGUUCGUGUGCUUGGGAAUAUGGUCCAUGCAAUUCAAAUAAAAACGAAACUCUGUCAAUUGGUUGAAGUGAUGAUGGCACGAAGAGACGACCUCUCGUUUUGUCAAGAAAUGAAAUUCAGGAAUAAGAUGGUAGAAUAUCUCACCGACUGGGUCAUGGGAACUUCAAACCAGGCAGCAGAUGAUGAUGUAAAAUGUCUCACAAGAGAUUUGGAUCAGGCAAGCAUGGAAGCCGUGGUUUCGCUCCUGGCUGGUCUUCCUCUGCAGCCCGAGGAAGGAGAUGGUGUGGAAUUGAUGGAGGCCAAAUCACAGUUAUUUCUUAAGUAUUUCACAUUAUUUAUGAACCUUUUGAAUGACUGUAGUGAAGUUGAAGAUGAAAAUGCCCAGACAGGUGGCAGAAAACGUGGCAUGUCUCGGAGGCUCGCAUCACUGCGCCACUGCACGGUGCUCGCCAUGUCAAAUUUACUCAACGCUAACGUGGACAGUGGCCUCAUGCACUCCAUAGGCUUAGGCUAUCACAAAGAUCUUCAGACAAGAGCUACAUUCAUGGAAGUUUUGACAAAAAUCCUCCAACAAGGCACAGAAUUUGAUACCCUGGCAGAAACAGUGUUGGCUGAUCGGUUUGAGAGACUGGUGGAAUUGGUCACAAUGAUGGGGGAUCAAGGAGAGCUCCCUAUAGCUAUGGCCCUGGCCAACGUGGUCCCUUGUUCUCAGUGGGAUGAAUUAGCUCGCGUUCUGGUUACUCUUUUCGACUCUCGGCACCUACUCUACCAGUUGCUCUGGAACAUGUUUUCGAAGGAAGUCGAAUUGGCAGACUCCAUGCAGACUCUUUUCCGAGGCAACAGCUUAGCCAGUAAAAUAAUGACAUUCUGUUUCAAGGUAUAUGGUGCUACCUACCUACAAAAACUCCUGGAUCCUUUACUGAGAAUUGUGAUCACAUCCUCAGAUUGGCAGCAUGUUAGCUUUGAAGUGGAUCCCACCAGAUUAGAACAGUCAGAAAUUCUUGAAGAAAACCAGCGGAAUCUCCUUCAGAUGACUGAAAAGUUCUUCCAUGCCAUCAUCAGUUCCUCCUCGGAAUUCCCCCCUCAGCUUCGAAGUGUGUGCCACUGUUUGUACCAGGCAACUUGCCACUCCCUACUGACUAAAGCUACAGUAAAAGAAAAAAAGGAAAACAAAAAAUCAGUGGUUAGCCAGCGCUUUCCUCAGAACAGCAUCGGUGCAGUAGGAAGCGCCAUGUUCCUCAGAUUUAUCAACCCCGCUAUUGUCUCGCCAUAUGAAGCAGGGAUCUUAGAUAAGAAGCCGCCACCCAGAACCGAAAGGGGCUUGAAGUUAAUGUCAAAGAUACUCCAGAGUAUUGCCAACCAUGUUCUCUUUACAAAAGAGGAGCAUAUGCGGCCUUUUAAUGAUUUUGUGAAAAGCAACUUUGACGCAGCACGAAGGUUUUUCCUUGAUAUAGCAUCUGAUUGUCCCACAAGUGAUGCAGUAAAUCAUAGUCUUUCCUUCAUCAGCGAUGGCAAUGUUCUUGCUCUACAUCGCUUACUCUGGAACAAUCAAGAGAAAAUUGGCCAAUAUCUUUCCAGCAAUAGGGAUCAUAAAGCUGUUGGCAGACGGCCUUUUGAUAAAAUGGCAACACUGCUUGCCUACUUGGGUCCUCCAGAGCACAAACCUGUGGCAGAUACACACUGGUCCAGCCUUAACCUCACUAGCUCGAAAUUUGAGGAGUUCAUGACCAGGCACCAGGUACAUGAAAAAGAAGAGUUCAAGGCUUUGAAAACAUUAAGUAUUUUCUACCAAGCUGGGACUUCCAAAGCUGGGAAUCCUAUUUUCUAUUAUGUUGCACGCAGGUUCAAAACGGGCCAAAUCAAUGGUGACUUGCUGAUAUACCAUGUCUUGCUGACUUUAAAGCCAUAUUAUGCAAAGCCAUAUGAAAUUGUGGUGGACCUUACCCAUACUGGGCCUAGCAAUCGCUUUAAAACGGACUUUCUCUCCAAGUGGUUUGUGGUUUUUCCCGGCUUUGCUUAUGACAAUGUCUCCGCUGUCUACGUCUACAACUGUAACUCCUGGGUCAGGGAGUACACCAAGUAUCACGAGCGGCUGCUGACCGGCCUCAAAGGCAGCAAAAGGCUCAUUUUCAUCGACUGCCCCGGGAAGCUGGCCGAGCACAUAGAGCACGACCAACAGAAACUACCGGCUGCCACCUUGGCUUUAGAAGAGGACCUGAAAGUAUUCCACAACGCUCUCAAGUUGGCUCACAAAGACACCAAAGUCUCUAUUAAAGUUGGUUCUACUGCUGUCCAGGUCACCUCAGCGGAACGAACGAAAGUGUUGGGGCAAUCAGUCUUUCUAAACGACAUCUAUUAUGCCUCGGAAAUCGAAGAGAUCUGCCUAGUGGAUGAGAACCAGUUCACCUUAACCAUUGCAAACCAGGGCACACCACUCACCUUCAUGCACCAGGAGUGUGAAGCCAUUGUCCAGUCUAUCAUUCACAUCCGGACACGCUGGGAGCUGUCACAGCCUGACUCCAUCCCUCAGCACACCAAGAUUCGGCCAAAAGACGUCCCUGGAACGCUGCUCAAUAUCGCUUUGCUCAAUUUGGGCAGCUCAGACCCUAGUUUACGGUCAGCUGCCUAUAACCUUCUGUGUGCCUUAACUUGUACCUUUAAUUUAAAAAUCGAGGGCCAGUUACUAGAGACAUCAGGCUUAUGCAUCCCUGCCAACAACACCCUCUUUAUUGUCUCGAUUAGUAAGACUCUGGCAGCCAAUGAGCCACACCUCACCUUGGAGUUUUUGGAAGAAUGUAUUUCUGGAUUUAGCAAAUCUAGCAUUGAAUUGAAGCACCUUUGUUUGGAAUACAUGACCCCCUGGCUGUCUAAUCUAGUCAGAUUUUGUAAGCACAAUGAUGAUGCCAAACGACAAAGAGUUACUGCUAUUCUUGAUAAACUGAUAACAAUGACCAUCAAUGAAAAACAGAUGUACCCUUCUAUUCAAGCAAAAAUAUGGGGGAGCCUUGGGCAGAUUACAGAUCUGCUCGAUGUGGUGCUAGACAGUUUCAUCAAAACCAGUGCUACCGGUGGCCUGGGGUCAAUAAAGGCUGAGGUGAUGGCAGACACUGCUGUCGCUUUGGCUUCCGGGAAUGUGAAAUUGGUUUCAAGCAAGGUUAUUGGAAGGAUGUGCAAAAUCAUUGACAAGACGUGCUUAUCUCCAACACCUACUUUAGAACAACACCUCAUGUGGGACGAUAUUGCUAUUCUGGCCCGCUACAUGCUGAUGCUCUCCUUCAACAACUCCCUGGAUGUGGCAGCUCAUCUCCCUUAUCUCUUCCAUGUCGUCACUUUCUUAGUGGCCACAGGCCCACUCUCGCUGAGAGCCUCCACCCACGGACUGGUCAUCAACAUCAUUCACUCUCUGUGCACUUGUUCACAGCUUCAUUUUAGUGAAGAGACCAAGCAAGUUUUGAGGCUCAGUCUGACCGAGUUCUCGUUGCCCAAAUUUUACCUGCUGUUCGGCAUUAGCAAAGUCAAGUCAGCUGCUGUCAUUGCCUUCCGGUCCAGUUACCGGGACCGGUCUUUCUCUCCUGGCUCCUACGAGAGGGAGACCUUUGCCUUGACGUCCUUGGAGACCGUUACAGAAGCUCUGCUGGAGAUUAUGGAGGCAUGCAUGAGAGAUAUUCCAACCUGCAAGUGGCUGGACCAGUGGACAGAACUAGCACAAAGAUUUGCAUUCCAAUACAAUCCAUCCCUGCAACCCAGAGCUCUUGUGGUCUUCGGCUGUAUCAGCAAACGGGUGUCUCACGGGCAGAUCAAGCAGAUAAUCCGUAUUCUCAGCAAGGCACUUGAGAGUUGCUUGAAAGGACCUGAUACUUACAACAGUCAAGUUCUGAUAGAAGCUACAGUGAUUGCACUAACCAAAUUACAGCCCCUUCUUAAUAAGGACUCCCCUUUGCACAAAGCCCUCUUUUGGGUGGCCGUGGCUGUGCUGCAGCUUGAUGAGGUCAACUUGUACUCGGCAGGCACCGCACUUCUGGAGCAGAACCUCCACACCUUAGAUAGCCUCCGGAUAUUCAACGACAAGAGUCCAGAGGAAGUGUUUAUGGCGAUCCGGAAUCCUCUAGAAUGGCAUUGCAAGCAAAUGGACCAUUUCGUAGGACUCAAUUUCAACUCUAACUUUAACUUUGCACUGGUUGGACACCUCCUAAAAGGGUACAGGCAUCCUUCACCUGCCAUUGUUGCCAGAACAGUCAGAAUCUUGCACACGCUACUCACUCUGGUUAACAAACAUCGGAAUUGUGACAAAUUUGAGGUGAACACCCAGAGUGUGGCUUACUUAGCAGCUUUACUGACAGUGUCUGAGGAAGUACGAAGUCGCUGUAGCCUAAAACAUAGAAAGUCACUUCUUCUUACUGAUAUUUCAGUGGAAAAUGUUCCGAUGGAUACUUAUCCCCUUCAUCAUGGUGACCCGAGUUAUAGGACACUAAAGGAGAAUCAGCCAUGGUCCUCUCCCAAAGGUUCUGAAGGAUACCUGGCAGCCACCUAUCCAACUGUGGGCCAGACCAGCCCCCGAGCCAGGAAGUCCAUGAGCUUGGAUAUGGGGCAGCCUUCCCAGGCCAACACUAAGAAACUACUUGGAACAAGGAAAAGUUUUGAUCACUUGAUAUCAGAUACCAAGGCUCCUAAAAGGCAAGAAAUGGAAUCGGGGAUCACAACACCCCCCAAAAUGAGGAGAGUAGCAGAAACUGAUUAUGAAAUGGAGACUCGGAGGAUUUCCUCAUCACAGCAGCACCCCCACUUACGGAAAGUGUCCGUGUCUGAAUCGAACGUUCUCUUGGAUGAAGAAGUGCUUACUGAUCCGAAAAUCCAAGCCCUUCUUCUUACUGUACUAGCUACGCUGGUCAAAUACACCACCGAUGAGUUUGAUCAGAGGAUUCUGUAUGAAUACUUAGCAGAAGCCAGUGUCGUUUUCCCCAGAGUUUUCCCUGUUGUGCACAAUUUAUUGGACUCUAAGAUCAAUACCCUGCUGUCAUUGUGCCAAGAUCCAAAUUUGUUAAAUCCAAUCCAUGGAAUUGUGCAGAGCGUGGUGUACCAUGAAGAGUCUCCACCACAGUACCAGACGUCCUACUUGCAAAGUUUUGGUUUUAAUGGCUUGUGGCGGUUUGCAGGACCCUUUUCAAAGCAAACACAAAUCCCAGACUAUGCUGAGCUUAUUGUUAAGUUUCUUGAUGCCUUGAUUGACACGUAUUUGCCUGGAAUUGAUGAAGAAACCAGUGAGGAGUCCCUCCUGACACCCACAUCUCCUUAUCCUCCUGCAGUGCAGAGCCAGCUUAGUAUUACUGCUAACCUUAACCUUUCUAAUUCCAUGACCUCACUUGCAACUUCCCAGCAUUCCCCAGGAAUCGACAAGGAGAACGUUGAACUCUCCCCGCCCACUGGCCACUGUAACAGUGGACGCACUCGACAUGGAUCCGCAAGCCAAGUGCAGAAGCAAAGAAGUGCUGGCAGUUUCAAACGUAAUAGCAUUAAGAAGAUCGUGUGAAGCUUUCUUUCUCUCUUUUUUUAAACAGACUUAACACACAUGGGCUCUUCACUAGUGACCCCUUCCCCAGCCCUCCCCUGUCACCACGUUGUGAUGCUGCAUUUCUUGUUCCUCAGUGAACUCACCCCGUCUGCCAGGUUGCCGGAUGAUCAACUUUUGGAAGCAUUGCCUACAUUUAAUGCUUCUCUUUCACUUUUUUCCCUUCCACUUUUGCUGUGUGUCUGGUUUUAGCAAGUAUUCGGAACAACGGCGAAGGAUGUUGGGAGGUCAGGAAGCUUGGACUGAGAACAUCCCAAAUGUGAGAGAGAGGACAAAUCCUGAAUACUGCUACAACCAGCCAGAUAGGAAAGCCAUUUGCACAGAACUCUGCCUUCUCUAUGGUCCCUCCCCUUCUUCAUCAUGCACAGUAAAGUGUUAGUCUUAUUAUACACUUUCCCAGAGAGAAGUCUAUGGGAGAAAUAAUACUAUAACCCCAGUAUGCUUAAUCCGACUUUUAGCUGUGGACUUUUUCUUACCUUCUAAAAAUUUAAGGAACCUUAGGGGUCAGUCCUGAGUAACUUCCCAACACAAAGCCACAGGCAAGGUACUCUGGGGGUAGGGUUUUUUAGUGCGUUCUUAAGAAUUAUUAACACUUGCGUAUGAGCAAUAAUAACAGGAAAUUAAGAGUAACCACAUCUAUUUUAACAUUGCAAAUCAAAUCUAUGAGUCCUGAGGCCUUAUCCAAACUCAAGUCACCCAAACUCGGUUAUUAUUAUUUCUUUUUCCAAGAUGAUUCUCUCAUCGUCUUUUAUAUGCCGACAGGUUGUUUGCUGGUGUGGGGUGGGUGGAUGGAUGGACUUUUGUCGUCCUUUGGGUUGGGUUGGGUUUGCCACAUAGACCGAGUCUAAUAAGUCUGCACUUUGCCCUCCACUUCUUCGUUCCUAAGUACAUCUGAGCAGGGUAGUGAAUGAGCACAGUGGUGGCAGACGCCCUGAGAAGGGAGUUGUCCUGGUGUGUACAUUUGCUCCCCAGCAGAACAGAAUGGUACGCGGCUGUAGAGUAGCUGAUACUGUCAUUUGUUACUUACUUUUUGAAGAAACGUAAGAAUAUGGUGUAUAGUAUCAAAAAUUUCUUGGAUAAGAUAUAUUUUAAAUGUCUUGUACUCCAAUACCCCCAUGCCCCCACCACCACCACACACAAUCAGGAAUCUCUUUAGCAAAGCAUUUGGGUUCUAUAGGCUAGAAUUGCUUUAAUCACUGUGAAAAAAGACUGGUCAGCCUGCAGUAGGAGACCGUUAGAGUUGCUGCUAUGCUGAAUGGAAUGGAUGAUUACUAUGGAGUUUCCAUAGCAAUGCAGAUCCAACUUCCUUGUGGUACCUGCAGUGUGCAAAAUUAAUUUGACUUCGGUGAGUAUAUUAGUAUCUGGGUAUUCCAAUUUAGAACUAAACCAUAUUUAUGACAAAAGGCAAUUAGCCUCCUAGUCCCCCAGUUCCGUGUCAGUGUUGGGAAGUGCUAAGGGCUUUCGGCCGGCUGGGGGAGGGGAGAGGGCCAGGCAGUGCUGUUCCUUCGGGAUUCCGGAAAUUAAAUGCCACAGCGAAAUCAAUGAUGAAUGGUACAUAGAAGUGUUCUGAUGUUAACAAUAUAACAUAUUUCACGUUUAUCCACACAGUAACAAUGUAACAUGUUAAUGUAAAUAAAAUUGCUUUUGAUAUUCAGAAAUAACAAGAAUUUAAUUUUUUGAAUUUGUUUACAGUCCUGGGAAAAGCAAGAACCGUGUUUUUUUUUUAAACAAUUGGAGCGGCUGCAUUCGGAUGGAAUGUUUCUAGUAACAAAGCAACCGCGACUCCAUAGUUAGUGAGGCAGAAGUGAGCGCGAUUAGACCGUAGCCCCGGCCACGUGCGCAGGCUGCCGGGGUCUCCUCUGGUGCAGUCUCCCCGCGGCGGCGCGCAGCACCCACCCGGCUCAGGGUUUGGUGCCCAUGACGGUGGGUGCGGCUGUGCUCUUGUGUUUCUCCCAUCAAAACAGGGAAACUUUCAGAAUGUUUACUCUUAAAACUGGUGAGGAGCCAUGGUGGUAGUGGUGGCGCGUUGGGCGGCCGUCCCACCAAAGACGAGCUUUCGGCUCCGUCAGAAUCGCAGCCCGGAGCGGCCCGGCGGUUCUCCCGUGCCCGUGGGGUUGCCGCUCGGCCCCGGGCUUGGUUUGGGUGUCCGCAGCCGGUCGGAGUGUGCUGUGGGCGCAGCCAGCCUCGCCCUCGAGGGCUGCAGGGGACCGGCCUAGAGCCGCCUGCGACAUGCUCACCAGUGCCCCUGGGAGUACGGUUUGCUUUACCUUGUUCAGCGUUCUUCCCACUGAGGGACACCCAUGGAGCGUCUGCGGGACCGACGGACACCAAGAGCUUGCCUGGAUGCUGCCCCCGGAAAAGGAGCCUUUCAGGCCUUAGGCUGUAGUCUACAAAAGAAAUUCCGAAACGCGGAGCAGUUGCCCAUUUCGCAUCAGUUGGUGUAUGUUCUUUUACAAAAACCAUUGUAAGUCGUUCGUUUCCGGUUUGUGGCCUUGCCCCUGGCUGCUUUUAAGCGGGGCAAGUGACAGCCGAGUUUCCCUCUCUCAAGCCGUCCGUCAGUCCGUCCUCCCAGGGAAGAGCUGUGCCUGCACUGCUUCCCUCCCUCCGCUGAUGGGGCCCCGACCUUGGACCCAGGAGAGACCCAGGGUGGAUGGAAGCCCCAGCUAGCCAUUCGCGUCUGUGAAGUUUGGGGCUGUUUCCAUUUCUUCUGCUAUUGUUUUGGGUUUGUUUCUUUGUGUUUUUUACAUCACCCCCCCACUCCCCAGGUGUAACGACGCAUGUCUUUUUCAAUGUUAUGCAAUGAACUUAUACAAAAUUCUCACUUCGUGUCAGCCACGCCAUUUUUUUAAUGCAGUGUAUUCACCUGUAAAUAGAUUGUGUAAAAUUUGACAGAAAAGUAUAUUUACUACACUGUAAAUACAUGUGAUGAUAUAUUGUAUUAUUUUGCUUUUUUGUAAAGCAGUUAGUUGCUGUACAUGGAUAACAAACAAUUUGAUUAUUCGCGUUAGUCAUGUUAACUUCUUCCUGCAACCGCGUUACAUCCGUUACAGAAAACGCUGUGUAUUGUAAACUGACCUUGCGUAUGAUGACUUCCGUCCCUGCCCAGCCGGCCUCAGUGUGGGCGCUGGCCUUGUCUACAACCUUGUUAAUAUUGUAAGCAGUUGUGCGCCCGCAGGAGGAGGACCGCCCGACAGACACGCGUGGGAAUCGUGGGGGAGUCACAGAAGGCCUUUCAGGUCGCCGUUGUUCCCGCCCGUGUAUGUACUCCCUCCCUUUUUUUAAGUAAAAUGGAACUCCAAUCUG